UGGAGGGCAAAAACGAAGCAGCCAUGUCUGAGCUGGUCCCAGAGCCACGACAAAAGCCAGUCGUACCAAUGAAGCCCGUGGGCAUCAACACCAGCUUGCUGGGCUACAUCGGUAUUGACACCAUAAUUGAGCAGAUGCGCAAGAAAACCAUGAAGACAGGUUUCGACUUCAACAUCAUGGUCGUAGGUCAGAGUGGACUGGGAAAGUCGACGCUGGUAAACACCCUCUUCAAAUCCCAGGUGAGCCGCAAAUCUUCAGGCUGGAACCGGGAGGAGAAGAUCCCCAAGACAGUGGAGAUCAAAGCCAUUGGGCAUGUCAUUGAAGAAGGUGGUGUCAAAAUGAAGCUGACAGUCAUUGACACACCAGGAUUUGGGGACCAGAUCAACAAUGAGAACUGCUGGGAGCCUAUUGAGAAAUACAUCAAUGAGCAAUAUGAAAAGUUUUUGAAAGAGGAGGUGAAUAUUGCAAGGAAGAAACGAAUUCCAGACACGCGUGUGCACUGCUGCCUCUACUUCAUCUCCCCUACGGGGCACUCCUUGCGGCCUUUGGACCUGGAGUUCAUGAAACAUCUCAGCAAGGUAGUGAACAUCAUCCCAGUUAUUGCUAAGGCUGACACCAUGACCUUGGAGGAGAAGACUGAAUUCAAACAAAGAGUGCGCAAGGAACUAGAAGUAAAUGGGAUCGAAUUUUAUCCCCAGAAAGAAUUUGAUGAGGACUUGGAGGAUAAAACAGAGAAUGACAAAAUCAGGCAGGAAAGCAUGCCCUUUGCAGUAGUGGGCAGUGACAAGGAGUACCAAGUGAAUGGCAAAAGAGUCCUGGGCAGGAAAACACCUUGGGGAAUCAUUGAAGUGGAAAACCUCAAUCACUGUGAAUUUGCCCUACUUCGAGAUUUUGUCAUCAGGACCCACCUUCAGGACCUAAAAGAAGUGACCCACAACAUCCACUAUGAGACCUACAGGGCCAAACGGCUGAAUGACAACGGAGGGCUGCCCCCCAUGACUGUGGAGACAGAGGAAAACCACGAGAGUAACCUGUGAAAGACCCUCCCCCUCCACGGUCACCUGGUGACUCUGGCUAGACAACCCACCCCUGCUACCCUUGACUCAGCCGUGGGCCUGUCUCUGCAGCAUGUGCUCCGUGGAGGGAGAGGAUGCAAGUGUGAGUGCAGGCGUGCGUGUGCCUCCCUGUGUGCCGGAGAGGGACAGGGGCAUCUCCCCCGUCCUUCCCAGAGUGUCCCCAUUCUCGGUUUGUUUUUGCACAGUGGACUGUCCGUCAGCUUCCCUUCCCUCGUUUCUGUGUCUCAGCUGUGUAUCUUGCCUGGGGGAAAUAGUGUUGGGGGGGGAAGGAUUUCUAGGGGCAUGGAUUUUGGAGGGGGGAGGUGUGGGGCAUGCUGUAGUCCUGUUUUUAUCACUUGGACACAUGGCAAGGAGAGACUCUGGGAGAGAUGGUGGAGUCAAUGCAUGCAUGUUUCAAGAGAUGUCAGCAGAGAUUUCUCUUGGAUCUCCAUGGGUGUAAAGGCAGCUGGUUGGUCUGAGGGCAUGGUGGGCUGGUAUUUUAUCCCCUUUUCUUGCUGUGGCUUCCCAAGGGGAAAUGGCAGCUUGGAAUAGGGUAGAUGAGAGAAGACUGGCACGUUUUGUGGUUCAGAGCAAGUGACUCGUGGGAGGAGACAGAAUUAGUUCUUGGCCUGUAGCAUCUGUUUGAAAAGCAUCAGAGUACUGGGGGAAAAUGGAUAUAGUUUCCAAAAGAAGCAAAACCCAGGGGGAAAGAAUGUGUUCCUGCUGCAGAGGGUGCAUUUGCCCCAUUGCUGGGGUCACCGCAUGCCCUUGCUGCAAUCCCCCAGUGCAGUGGUCUCUCUCCACCAGCACCGAGCAGGUCCUGGCCAAGCCUUCCCCACAAGAUGGGCCCUCUGCUGUGCGAGCACAGGGACACUGCCACAGGGGGUCCUGCUGGGGCCUCCCCCAGGGACAGCUCCGCUCGGCACAGCACCUUGGGGAUCCUGGAGGAGAGCAAACAGCCAUGGAUUGAGAAACACUGGGCUGGGGUGGGGGUACAGGAGAUACCUCUUCCUCAUUCUCCUCAAAUGGCUGCAUUUGUUACUGCAGCAGUGCUGUUCCUCUGCUCUCUUACUGUCCCAUGUCCUCCUCCACUCCUGUGCUUUUGUCCUCAUUCCCUUUUAGACCUCUGUAGCUUUUUCCCAUCCUUUCUUUUCCUGUCUCACUUUCUCUGGUCCUUUAAGUCUCUCCUUCAUUUCUCAAAGAACUUGAAAAUUCCUCUUCUUCAGGCUGUUUCCUCCCUCUCCCAAGCUCUAACACCUUCUUAACAAUGUGCUUUUGUGUCCUG